GGGAAAUGCACUGCUUGGAAGCAUUCGGUAGGUCGUAAGCUCUGACAGGAAACGGAAGUUCAAUCGAACCAACAAACUGCACCGUUUCCGUGGGAUACCAUUUUGGAGUAAAAAUGCACUCGUACAGGGCAGUGGCACAGUUUUGCUGCACUUCUAGUUGAAAGAGAAAGCUUUUCGCUGCAUUCGGAAAAGAAGGUGAUAUGAUUGAACAACGCGGAGAUCAUCGUUUUAGCACAAGUAAUAGUUUUGAUAGCCGCUUGGGAAGUUCGGUCAUUGACCAGGAAGCUCCGGUCGUUACGAGAUGUGUAGUUUAUCUGUCCAUUGUGGCCUUGGCUUUAACGGGUUUAGGUUAUGACCCAUUUUUGAGAAUUACCGAGCAGAAAUUAACCGCGGAAGCCGAGACGGAAGCAGAGUUUGAAGGAUUUUACACUGGUAUAGAGGAGGAGAUGGAAGAGGAAGAUGACAUCGAAAUCAAUUACCAACCGAACUUGUACUUGGCACGUAUUUUAGCUCCCAGCAUAGUGUGCUGGAUGGUGUUUGGUUCGAUUGGCCUUCGUAUGGUGCGCAAAAUCGUUGGCCUUGGACAUCUUUUUGUCAGUGUUUGCUAUUUGAUGGUAGCUCUGUCAAGUGACGUAAAUGCCCUAUUACUGGGCUUUGGAUUUGUGUCGGAACUUUUCUGGGCAGGAAAGAUGGUUAUAUAUUAUUAUCAAAUCGCUAUCUACAGCCUCGUUGAAGAACGAUUCUCGAGUAUCAUUUACGGAGUCGUCGCGCACUGCCUCGGCUGUGCAACUCUUCCAUGGAUACUGAAUGGACUGGAAGAAUCGUGGGAAGAAAUUCAAUACGUGAUUAACCUGACGAUUGCAUUGAUUCAACUGAUAAUGUUUCUUCCGUUAGAGUUCUGCAAGAAACAGCCAGAAGAACGAUUCGAAGGUCAUAAUAGUUACAAGUUUCCUAAUCUUGUGGUGGUAGCCGCUCUCGGUAUUAUAACCUUAUCUGCCAUCAGCAACGUCAUAAUCCAGUGGUUCUUGAACAACAACGAAACAAUGUUGCGACCAUAUCUUCCAUUUCUACCGGGUGAUGAUUUCCUGGGUACAUUCUGGAAUAUAGCCUACAACGGGAUCAGUUUCACAUUGCUGGGAUUCUUCUGUCUAUUCCUAUCCACUAGUGAUGUGAUGAUUGCUUCGUUUUCAACAACUUUUAUAACUGGGAUCGUUUAUCUGUACUUCGAGGAAGAAAUAGCAGCUCGAAUGAUUCUCCCAAUGACGGCUUUCACAUUUGGAACAGCUUUCGCUCAACUGCUGUAUGUUUGUCCACCUAACCGACUGCCCUUAUAUAUGGGUGUUAUAUUCACUAUCGUCAACUUGGCCACCUACGGUUAUUUUGGACUACUGACGCUGCUAUGGGAUUCGCCAGAUAUAGUCGUAAUUGUGGUUUGGGCUGCGAAUGGAUUCUUCUGUCUGGGAUUAUUGGUUCUUUGCAGAGAACUUGGAUUUAGAAUACAAUCAGUUUUGGAACCGAGACGUGAUGAUAGUGGGAGUUUUCGAACAGUGAUAACUACUAUUGCUUGAAAUACGGCGAUAUAACAGUUGGUGCUUCUUCAGAUUAAUGACAUUCAAAAUAUAUAUUAAAAUUGAGUUUAUUUUUCGUUAACAUCCGAUUACCUAAACC